CUCAGCUACUACAGAAAUAUUUCCUGUCCAAAGCUGUCUUCCCUCCGGCGUCCGUCCUCUUUGAAGCUUGGGCUCUGUCUGAAAUUUUGAAACGGAAUCGACAUUUCAAAAUAGCUCCCCCAAAAAACAAACCCAGCCCGUAAAACUUUGUCAGGGAGCCGAGUGCGGAAUAUGAGCGCCCCGUUAUGAGAUGCUUCACUAGGCAUGGAAAGUUUUAUUUUCGGUGCGAAGACUAAGUGCCAGAUGACAGAGGGUGCAGAGAUUGGGUCACUUCCUGAUGCCGAACAGAGACCCUACUUGAGAUGGAUCAACAUGGCUUAUGAGACGGAGAAGACAUGCCUGUUGAUUCCUCGGGAAUCGCGAGCAUCCUGUGUGUUCCACACAGCGGAUGAGAAAGAUGACAUUCCAGGCAUAGGAGAGGACAGUGUUUUAGAGAUGCUGAGUUACUCAAAGUUCAUGGAUCUGGAGUCAUGGCUGUGUAUGCCAUCAACAUUGCUGCCCAGGAGCUUGGACUCUACCUGCUCUGCCUCACCACUGUCUACUGAUAGUGACUCUGGAGAAGCUGAAACCAGCAGACCCCCGGAGAGGAAGUCUAUCUAUCUGAACCACUCCCCAGAAAGGGAAAACUGUCAUGUGCCACCUUCCCCCACGGUGCCAGUGUCUGUGACCCCUCAGUCUCCUGUUGCCCGGCAGACCUCCUCCACUCCAGCUCUGAAGCCAGGCACACACUCCUGUCAGGACAGUGUGUGUGUAAGGAAACGCCGGCGUCUUGCUGCCAGCCCCGGAGGGUUGCACUGGAAUGCUUCAGGCUCAGUGCUGCGUGAAUAUGAGCGAGGAGAGGCGGCUGGCGCUUUGCAGGUGAAACGUAUCCCUAAACAUUUGGAGUCUGCGAAGCUGGGUGCAGAGCUGUGGGGGGACAGAGCGGCACUCAGGAAGUGUGUGUCGGUGGAUGACAGGCUGCUGCAGCAGACGCUCACAGAGCCCGACACACUGCUGAGCCGCCUGGAGAGAGGAAAGAAGAAACUCAGGAACAUCCACAGCCUUGGGGAGACUGGAAGAUACGAAACCUGUAAAAAAUCCGAGAGCAAGAUUUCCCGCCUGGCUCAGAGACUCAACCAAAGGCAGAGAGAUGCUGCGCUGAUCAAGGACUUUCGACCGCUUCUCUUCUUCAGUGUUUCUCCAGGGAGCUCACAGAGCCUUGACAGGAGCUUCUGUGUUAGUAUGACCCAGCAGAUGCAGAACCUCCAGCUGACCCACAGUAAGAAGGGGGCUGCUCCUUCCUCCCCCAGCGCAGCCAAGCGCCUUUACCGUAACCUCUCCGAAAAGUUCAAGGGCAGCCACUCGUCCUUUGAAGAUGCUUACUUCUUUGGCCGCUCUGAUCGCAUCCGUAAAGCCUCGAAUAUUCAGAGCAGUGAGGCUCUAUUCGAGGCUGUGGAACAGCAGGACCUGGACGCCGUACAGAUUCUUCUGUUCCAGUACACAGCAGAUGAACUGGAUCUCAAUACACCCAACAGCGAAGGCCUGACCCCGCUCGACAUCUCCAUCAUGACCAACAAUGUGCCAAUAGCCAAGCUGCUGCUCAAAGCAGGGGCCAAGGAGAGCCCACAUUUUGUGAGUCAGGAGAGCCGUGAGGCUCAUCUCUCAGUGCUGGUGCAGGAAGCUCAGAGGCGAGCGAGCGAGCUCUCCACACAGGUGAUGAGAGAGAGCCUCAGUCUGGAGACAUCAGACAAGGAGAAGCAGCUCAAGGCCUGGGAGUGGAGAUGCAAACUCUACAAACGCAUGCGCACUGGAUUUGAGCACGCACAGGUUCCAGAGACUCCGACAGCUGUGCGUUUGACUGUGAGCAGCAGCACAUCUCUCACUGUCACAUUUCAGGAGCCAGCCAGCAUCAAUUCAGCUGUGGUUACAAGAUAUAAAGUGGAGUGGAGCUGUCUGAAUGACUUCUCUUUAUUAGCUGGAGAACUGAUCCUAGAAAAUCUACAGUGUCUUAAAUGUACAAUAACAGGCCUUACAACGGGGAGGCAAUACUAUGUUCGUGUAUCUGCCUACAACAUGAAAGGCUGGGGGCCAUCACAACUCGCUCAACCCCCUUGUGCUGUUCCCUCCAAUUGGAAGGAGAGCGAUGGUAGAGAGUCCCGGCGGAGAGGGCACAUUGAGGCCAUGGAGAGACUACUCCAGCAAGUCCGUGCCACACACCAACACUACAGCUGUGGAGACAUUGUGAAGCUACAGAACCCCAGUCGCAAGCAAUCCGUCUCUAGAAGCCUGAAACAUCUCUUUCAUUCCUCCACUAAAUUUGUCAAAACUCUCAAAAGGGGGAUCUACAUAGCCGCGGUGUUUUAUCAUAAGGACAGUCUGCUGGUGACUAAUGAGGAUCAGAUACCCAUCGUGGAGGUGGAGGACUCCUACAGCAAUUCCCUCAUGCAGGACUUUCUGUGGUUUACCAAGCUUUCGUGUAUGUGGGAGGAUGUCCGAUGGCUCAGGCAGAGCAUGGCUAUUUCCGCCUCGUCCUCGUCCACACUGCAGUCCAGGCAGAAGAUGCUGGCUGCCGCCGGGCAACUACAGAACCUUCUUGGAACGCACAACCUAGGCCGCGUCCACUACGAGCCUAUUAAAGACCGCCAUGGCAAUGUGCUGCUAGUGACAAUCAGGGAGAUGGACAGCUCUUAUUCCUUCUUCAACGGGAAGUGGAUGCAGGUGUCCAAACUACAGAGCCAGAGAAAGUCUCUGUCCACCCCUGAAGAGCCCUACGCCCUGGACAUUCUGCUCAUCACUAUACAGGAUAUCCUGGCAUAUCAGCGGCGAAGUCAGCACCGUCUUUCUCCAGGCCUGUAUCUGGGCUACUUGAAGCUCAGCAGCUCUGUGGAUCAGAUCAAGGUGCUGGUCCCACAGCGAACACCCAGCAUGCUUUGCCAUUCCAGGAUACGGGACAACUGGAAUGUCUCCAGAGAUGAGUGGGAAUGGUUGAAUACUCUGUCUGGCCCCGAGGAGGUGGAAAGAGCAGAUCAGGCAGCAGACUGCAAUGCUCCCUCGCUCUUCUGCGAGCUCCAGACAGCCAUUAAGAGUCUGCUGCACCAGAUCAAUCUACCUCUGCACCAGGCUAAGCACUUCCGUCUCUACACACAGGAGGUGCUCGAGUUGGGUCACAAUGUGUCCUUUCUUUUGCUGCUGCCUGCCUCAGACGCCGUGUGCACUGCCCCGGGCCAGACCAAUCCCUACACACCCCACUCGGGCUUCCUCAACCUCCCUCUUCAAAUGUUUGAGCUUGUUCACUUCUGUGCAUAUAAGGAGAAGUUUAUUAGCCUGUACUGCCGCCUGUCCUCUGUGCUUGACCUGGACGCCUUGAUAACCCAGCAGGCUUUGAGAGAGGCCAUUACAGAUACUGAAUUGUCCACUGCUAAACAAAGACACCAACAUAUACUUGACUAUAUUCAGCAAAUGGAUGAGAUGUGGAGAGAUAUCCGGUGGAUCACUGAUGCCCUGCAGUAUGCCCGUUAUAAACAGCCUCUGGGCGGUGUGCCCAUCACGUGGCUGGUGGAUGCCAGUUCAGAACCCAUAGCACAGAAGUACGACUCCAUCUCCUCAAACGCAGACUACCUGCCUACUCCCUCUCCCUCACCUGAGUCAAGAAGAAAGGCUACAGAUGACUCCCAGGCGGUCUCAGACGAAGAAGGCUGCUCUGAGGUCUUUCUCCCAACAGACAGCGACUAUGACUCCAGUGACGCUCUGAGCCCACGAGAUCUAGACCUGGUUUAUUCUUCAGCCCAGGAUCUAUCCCAUCAGGCUGUGCACACACUAAGCGGCAGCGCCCCUGACGUCCUGCAGAUGCACGACCUCAAACCCAGUGCCCGCUCUAAGUUGAUGCUGGAGACUGAAUCCUUCACUAAAGACCUGGAGGAACUGUCCCUGUCCUCUUACUCCAGCAAAUCAUCAGAAAAGACGUCUCGCUACAAGCGCAAGCUGCUGUCUAGGAGCCAGCCCCAGAGGAGCUGCUUCAGCGGAACACAUCGCUGGCUGAGGGUACAGAGUGAGAACCAGUCUCCUUCACUUUCAGAGGGGGUUUACACUCGGCAGAGCGAGCUGGACCUGCCUCUAGAGCUACCUGUUUCUUUCCCACACUCCUCCUACAGCAUGGACGAGUGGAAGGGCAAUAACAGGGAGAACAAGCCCACUGUGCGUAGGAUCUUUGUGGAGUCGUGCAGUGAGACAUCCCCGAGCAGAGACGGUGCCAGAUGGCCAGAUGCGGUGGAUGAGACACAUGGAGGAGCUGCAGUAGGAGAGACGACAGCUCAGGAAGUGGACUCAGAUGACCAAACCAAUGAUCUGGUUUCUGAAAUACUCAGCAGCACUCUUUAGAAAGAACCAUCCAGCGUUAUUGUAUGUCAUGUUGAUGUGUUUUGUCAUGUAUCACCACCAGACAGCCUCUAAGUGAAUACAGUUAUGGCUUGCAGAUUUUCUGUGUUGUAGUAUGUGGAGAAAUCUUUAAUAGAAUGUGCAGGACAGAAAAAAAUAAGUUGCUGGUCAACUCUGUAGGACUCAUAGACUGUGGCUAUGACUGUUAAUAUACUUACUAUUAAUGCAACAUGAAAUAACCUGCUGCUUUAACCUUUGAACUUGAAACUGCCUCUGCAUAGACUGAUAUGACAGGUGAAAGGUGAGAAGUAGUACUUUAACUCCCAGUCUUUCGAAUCGGCUUUCUGAUUCAGCCCUUACGUCUGUGGUAUUAACGUGUGCCUGUGAGUUAAUCAGGUGUAAGUCCGCUUCCCACUGGCACACACUUAAUCUCACUUGAAAAAUUAAUUAGCAUCGGAUAUAAUUAAAAAAACUAUUUUGUCAUGAUCUGAUGGUGCUGAAUAAAAACAAACAGUUCACAUUACUAAAGUCUGUCUUUCAGACACAUAUAAACCUUUGAAAAUGAUCAUAGGCCUGGAAUCUUAAUCACCUAAUCUAUCAAAUGACCUUUAUAAAGUCUUAAUCUUAAGUGACUUGUCCACUGUAUUUCAGAAGCUAUACUUAAUGAACAAGCAGAGGUCCUGCAUAACAAACGACUCAACUUGCAUUCUGUUUACCUAUUCUGAAUAAUUUGUGGUAUACAUUUGUUUUUAUCUGAAGUGUCAUCAGUGUGAAGUUUCUCUGGGUGAUCAUUAACUUGCUGGCAUUAAAACAAAUCAAAACCACUCAUGUUUUAUGAACAGGCACAUAAAAAGAGCACUUUAGAGACCUGUUUACAUCCUCUGUGCAGCAAAUGCAGGUAAAAUUUAUCCUUUUGUUCUCCUGUUGGCCCUAGUAAAAAAAAAGAAAAAAAAAAUAGCAUCACCUUAUUUUAUGUUUUGUUUUUAAUUUUGGUACUAGAUAUUUGUACCACUUUAUAUGAAGGGCAUGCACCACUUUUUGUAUAGAUGUUUGUAACUAUAGUAGUAGACUAGAAAGGAUUACUCUGACUCUUGGUGUCUUCAAAGCCAUAGAGAUUUUAAGCGUAUUUAAGAGAUUUUAUCAGUACUGCACUGAUAGUGGGGUUGUAUACAUUCAGCCAUGAUACAUCUCUCUGUAAAUUUCUAAUGGAUAACCCAUUCAGUUUCAGUAGAAUGGACUGGAUGCUUUAAUAUUGAAGUAUUUGGAGACAAAACGGUUGUCAGGCCGAAAAAGACAGCAAGGGCAGCUUAUGUGAGCAACAUUGUGAAUUCGUCUGUUGCACUGUUAUGACUUGUCGAACAUGCAGUGUAUUACAAAUAUGUAUUUGCAUUUUCUACUGCACUUCUGUCCUUUUAAAGAUAUUGAAAUGGUUUCAUCCUCCCAAUUUCUGUACAGUGAUGUCAGUCGAACUAAAGAUGAAAUGCACUACUUUAUCGUGUGUGUGUGUGUGUGUGUGUGUGUGCGUGUGUGUUUGGGUUCAGCCCUAGGUAUUUACAAUAUGUGUUCUGCCUGUUCCCUAAUGAAUGAAGCAUUUAAGUAAAAAUUCACUGCAGUUACUUUUGUUUAAACAAUUGUUUUCCAGAUAAGGUUAAAUAAUAUGUCUUUUUCAUGAUACCUUUAUACUGUGCACACAGCAAGCCAAAUGCAUUGAAGAGCAUCAUAUCUGUAUAUUUUUGAAUUAUGCAUUUAUUGAUCCAAAUAAUAUAUUUGUGUAUCAUAUUUUUGACAGUUGUUGUCUUUUAUCCCUGUUUCUAUUGUUACUCAUUAGCUUUUGCAAUGUAACUGAAUCUCACCAUGUGGCAGAUGUGUUUAUGGAAUAAAUAAAUCGGAAAUAAAUCACCAA